UUGUGUUAUGCAAAAGAAAGGCCAGAUGUGUACUUUGGUGGUGUCACCAUAGUCUAUGCUGGUGAUUUUUUUCAAUUUCCACCUGUAGGUGGUAUGCCUCUGUGCUCGCCAGUGGCUUCCCAUGCAAAUCAGAGCAAGUGUGAGAUUCUCAAAUGGUUGGGCAGGCUUGCUUGGAAAUCAGUUAACACUGUUGUCACUUUGACAGAACAACAGCGAAUGAAGACUGACCCUGAGUUUGGAGCUGCUGUUCAACGUUUGCAUAUUCGUCAAUGUACGUAUGAAGAUGUCGACCUGUUUAACUCUCGCAUG